AUAACAGUUAUUGUGGGAAUGGAAUCCGUGAAGAAGGAGAAGAAUGUGACUGUGGCACUCCUGAGAUGUGUCAGAUCAAGGAUUCUUGUUGUGAGCCUCACAACUGUGUUCUUAAAAAGGAAUCGCAAUGCAGUGACCUACACCAUUCAUGCUGCGAGAACUGCCUGUACAAGAAACAAGGAUCGUUGUGUCGUGGAGUCAAAACAGAUUGUGAUGUUCCGGAAUACUGCACUGGUAAUUCUCGGGAUUGUCCAGGAGAUUCAUACAUAAUUGAUGGAUACCCUUGCAAUCAAACUAAAACAAUUAUACAAGGAAACACCAACUAUUUUCGUGUGAACCACAGAACCCUGAAUCCAAGAGUCAGCGCUCGUUAUCUUCGUAUCAAUCCUCAGUACUGGAAUGGCUGGCCUUGUCUAAGAACGGAGUUUCUGGGGUGUUCAGCGGGUGAAGUUAGUCCAACUGCCGCAACUCCUCUUAAGUCAUACGGUCUGGAUCUUUGUCUCACUCCAUCAAACCAGUCUUGCUCGCCAAAUGACAACGACCGCUUAAUAUACAGACCUGGAGGUCUGUGCUCAGAAAGUCAUUUCCAAUUUACACUUGAUGCAGACGGGGUGUUACGUCAUAAUUGCAGCGGUAAAAUGGUGUGUCCCGAGAAUGGCGGCACUGGUAAUGGUGUGAAGAUUGUUGUUAGCAGUACGUGCAAAACAGAAGAUUCGAAAUUUAAGCGGACAUCAGGACGGUCUCUGAAGCAUCUAAAUACCGGGAAAUGCGUCCAUACAUAUGGAGCUUGGCCUGGCGUCGACAGACACAUGGUAUUGUGGUCAGGAUGCGAUGAACGACGGCUGGAACUAUGGUUUGCAAAGCAAGAGUGUGUGGACCCUCUCGGAAUGCAGAGCGGUGAUAUUAAAGACAGCCAGAUCACUGCGUCUUCAUCCAGACCAGCAGAUCUCCCGCAUUAUGGCAGGCUGCAUAACGGAAAGUACUGGUGUGCCAAAGAGAAAAACAAAAACGAGUACAUACAGAUUGAUUUUGGACAGGUACAAACGGUGAGCAAAAUUUUGAUACAGGGACGUGGAAACUGGUACGACUGGGUGACUGGCUUCUACUUGUUCCUCAGCAAUGAUGGUCAGCGGUGGACUGGUUAUUCAGAGAGUGGAGACAAACAACAUUCUAAUUCGCAUUGCUACAAAGGAAAAUGCAGCGAAAUUCACGAAACUCAGUGCAAAGACUUGUGGGGAGCAACCGCCAAUAAUGCCGACCAAGGAUGUUAUGACAAACUAAACACUGAAGCUGCUGGAUUUGGCACAUGUGAUCCAGUUACAAAUGCAUCAUGCGCUGCAAGUAACGUGUUAUGCGGUCAGCUUCAAUGUGAAGACAGCAGAGAUAGACCUGUUGUUGACUACGGAUGGACGUACACCAAGAUAAGUUUAGAUAAUGGGAAACAAUGCAGUGCUGCAACCUUAAAAUCUAUAGAUGACCUCGGUGAGGGAAUGGUUAGAGAAGGGACAAAAUGUGGAGAUGAUAAGAUGUGUAUAAAUUACAAGUGUCAGUCAUUUGAUUCUCUCGACAUUGGCAAUUGUCCGGUGGCAAAUAACAAGGAGUGUGGGGGAAGAGGAGUUUGCACUAACAAAAAGUUGUGUCAUUGUGAGGGAGGAUUUGAUUCUAAAGACGGCUGCGCAUCGGCUCUGGUACCUCGAGAUGGAGCCUGGGGUGAGUGGUCGUCAUGGACUGUGUGUGACAAGGGUUGUGAUGGUGGAAAGAGAAGAAGACAUCGGUUCUGUGACAAUCCGUUCCCCCUACAUGGAGGUUUUACGUUCACAGCUGACAACAACAAACAGACGAAUAUUCAGCUGGUUAAGAAGUUUGACAAUUGGGAAUAUUCAGACAGUGGGAUUGAACAAAGAAUGCCAUGGAUUUCUGAUGCCAGGUUAACUACAUCCCAUCAUGCCUAUCGCAGCUGGUGGGGAACAAUAACAGCGGACGCUAAGGAAUACCACCCUGCACCUUGGAUUGCUGGUCACCUUAUGGAGAGUCAGCCAUCGUAUAUCUGGUACUGGAUGAGAGAGGGGCUUUUUAAUAUGCCUGGCUCCUGUAAAGAAGUGUUCUUCAGAGGAUUGCUGACUAACCCUGUCUCAGAUGGAGUUUUCGCAAUUAAACCUCCUGGACAGCAAAAAGUUAAAACGUAUUGUGAUUUCACGACCGAAGGAGGACCCUGGACACUACUUGUGACAAGCAAGACCCACAGUGGGUGGAAUAAAGACAACAUGAAAAAAAGGAACUCAGACAAACCUUCUUUACAAGAUGACUAUUCCAUACUGGGGCUUGCAGACGCCAUAAAGGACUCUGACAAAGCUCAGGAAUUCUUUCAAUACCGAAUUGAGGCAGACGGCAAAACCCGUUGGGGAGGGAUCUGGGAAGCACCACGUGACUAUACAUUCCUAUCUACGUGCGACAAACAAACCAAAGUAAAAAUCGUAAAGAAGUUCGACUCGUGGGACGAGAACAGCAACUUGGGAAAGCGCAUGCCCAGACUGGGAUUAUCUAAAGAUCUGUUAUUAAGCAGUGCGUCAACUGUGGAUGAACCGUCAGGGUCCUUGGUGUAUAACAGUGGCGCCAGCUCCGCCUCGUAUCUGGAGCAAGAGAGGCCAAACCCGAGUGUUGUGAGAUACUGGAUGAGAGAAGGAGCGAGGUUAUCUUGCAACGAUUUGAAAUUACACGGAAUGAGAGCUGGUAACAAGUAUGGCGAGGAUAGUUUCCAACUGAUGAAAGUCAGUGAUACCCAGUACCUCCCGGUCUACUGCGAUAUGACAACUGCUAAAGGAGGUUUCACUCUUAUAGUGACGAGUGCUCACAACAAUUGGACUCGGGCACAGGUCCCACACAGAAAUGCCCUUUAUCCAGGACUGAAUCGAGAUUACUCCAUCUUAGAUUUAGCAGACAGUAUUAAAAGCCUGAACAACAAUGGCACAUUCCAGUACAUGAUGGAUGCUCAUUCUAGACGUCACUGGGGAGGGAUUUUUGAAGCUCCUAAGUCCUACAGCUUCAUGGCAUCGGAUUCUUCGCAAACCCACGUCAACCUAACGAGGAAGUUUAACAGUUGGGAGUAUUCUUGGUGGAAUUCAUUAAACAAGAGAAUGCCGUGGUUUGACGCCAAAGGAACUCACCACAUGGCUCUGCUGACCACAUCUGACAGUCCCACCUACUACCCGUCGGGUUCGAUCAUUUGGGGGGGCCCCGACCGGUUUCCGUCUGAUUGGAUUUGGGCUGGGGGGAUGAGAAAUCCUGGGGUUAUCUGGUAUUGGCUAAAUGAGGAUGACUGUGAUGAGGAAAGAAAACCAGUGGAUGGCGGACUAACUGAGUGGGGUGAAUGGGGGAGAUGUGACAAAUUAUGCGAACCUGGUAAGCAUCGAAGGUACAGAACAUGUACAAACCCCAGGCGACGUUGUGGUGGAAAACAGUGCGAUCCAAGCAUUCCUACACAAGACGAAGGGAACUGCUUUUAUUGCCCUGGAGGUUGUUCCCCUCCUGACGGCAGCUAUCUCAUCUUCACAAAAAAGGAAGGCACGGCUUGUAAUGCAACCGAUCAGAUUUUUAUUCUCGACCAGGAUGGAGUUAUUUAUCACAAGUGCAGCAAGAAAGAAGUUUGUCCACAGGACAAUAACCCUACCGAGAGAAAGAAACUUAUGUUAAAAGAUGAAUGCCAUCUAAAUGUUUCAAGACAUGUCAGGUUGCCGACACACAAUAACCUGAAGAAUUUGAAGAACAAUUACUGUGUUCAUCCAGACGGUGGACGGCCUGGGGAGGGAGUACAGUUGGUGUACUGGCCAGGGUGUGGCGAAGAACGAUUGAGGCUCAACUUCUUUGAGCUUGGUGCAUCAACUGCCUGA